AUGCUUUCCAACGCCAAAAGCCUCAUUGCUCCCAUUGCCCUUUUGGCAUUGGCCCAGCACUGCCCUGCGCCCUUCCUCGCCGCCAUUCCUGCUGCUACCGCUGCUGGUAUUGGUGCUGUUAGCGCUGCUGUCUCCGCAGCAGGCACCGUUGCCGGCAGUGUCGCCACUGCGAUCAACGGCAAGAGGGCCCGCGAUGGCACACAAGUCAUCCACGCCCGCGAAAACUGGGCUGGACUCCACAGCUACGUAUCCAAGCGCCAGGAUGAGGAGUUCGGCACUGGAACCGCUUGGCAAGACUGUGCCGAUCAGCUCAAGGGAGCUGACGUGACUUUCGAGGGAACCGGUCCUGGUGUCAUACUUGUCAGCGGUAUCCCCCCUGCGUGUAUGACUUUGGCCACUGUCAUUACUGGCAAGUUCAACGCUGGUAACCCCGUCCCCCAGGGCACCGAUUCGAUCAGCUUCACUGGUCUUUCGAACGAGGACGUUCAGGCUAUUCAGGAUGCGCUUGAUGCCAGGUCUACUUAG